AUAAUAGAUCAUCAAAUCAAGAUAAUGUAGAUAAUAAAUCAAAUCCUGAUGAUGAACUUGAUAAUAAGCAUGAUAAUGAAUUUUAUGAUAAAAAUGUGACAAAUGAUAAUCCUAAAGAUAUAAUGAACUUUGAUUGA